UCCUUUGCCUGGCGCCAUUUCUGUGGCGUGAAGAGGCCCUGCGUGCGGCCUGCGGUCAUGGCGCUGUUCCCCGCCUUCGCCGGCGUUAGUGAGGCUCCCAGUAGCGGGAGCUCCAGGAAAGAACUAGACUGGCUGAGCAACCCAAGCUUUUGUGUUGGAACCAUAACAUCUCUGAGCCGACAAACUGAAGAGGCCACACCACUUGUUUCUCAAGGGACAGCACUAACAAGGAGUCCUUUGAAAUCAGAGCGUUCAGAUGAAAGUGACACUAACAGAAAGCCCACACAAACAAGCAGAAAGAAGAAGAAAGAGAAAAAAAAGAAAAGGAAGCAUCAGCACCACAAGAAAACCAAGAGAAAACGUGGGCAGUCAAGCAGCAGUGGAUCCGAGUCAGAUACUGAUUCUGAAAAGGACAAACCUUCCAGAAGCAUCAGAGAUGGAAACAAGGAAUCAGAGAAACCAAAUCAAGAAAAUAAUGCUGCUGCUGACAAUGGACGUCGCUUUGUUUGGCUUGAGGACAUUCAGCCUCUGACAGGAGAAACCUUCAGGACAGACAAGAAACCAGACCCUGCAAACUGGGAGUAUAAGUCUCUUUACCGAGGAGAUAUAGCAAGGAAACUGCCAGACCUUUUUCCAAAGUGAUUGUUCCAGUUUACAUUCCCACCAGCAGCAGAGGAGAGUCCCCGCUACUCCCCACAUCCCUUGCCAGCAUUUGGCCUUGUCAGGCUUUUUAAUUCUAGCGGUCCUGAUACAAGAGGAAAGGAGACUCCUGCCUUGGCAUUAACCCUAAGAAGCAGUGUAUCUCUUGGGAGGGGACUUCCAUGGAGAAGAAGCGUUCACACAAGCACGUGGAGCGCUAUUUUACAAAGAAGAACGUGGGAUUAAUGAACAUUGAUGGAGUUGCCAUUAGCAGUAAAACUGAACUUCUGUCGUCGGAGCCAAUCUCGUUUAUCCCAGUGGAGGGCUCAGAGGAUGUGGUUUCUCCUGUUACAACUUGGUUGAACCCUCUGGGGAUUUAUGAUCAAGCCACCACGCAGUGGUUACAAGGACAGGGUCCUUCCGAGCAAGAAUCCCAGCAGCCAGACGCACAGCCCGACAGAGAGAGUGCGCUUCUGAAGGCCAAGGUGGAGGAGUUUAACAGGAAGGUUCGGGAGAACCCUCGGGAUAUUCAGCUGUGGAUGGCAUUUGUUGCUUUUCAGGACGAGGUCAUGAAAAGUCCGGGCCUCUACGCCAUCGAGGAAGGAGAGCAGGAGAAGCGGAAGCGGUCCCUGCGGCUGGUCCUGGAGAAGAAGCUGGCCAUUCUGGAGCGGGCCAUCGAGAGCAACCAGAGCAGCGUGGAGCUGAAGCUCGCCAAGCUGAGACUCUGCACUGAGUUCUGGGAACCCUCCACUCUGGUCAAAGAGUGGCAGAAGCUGAUAUUUUUACAUCCCAACAACACAGCCCUUUGGCAGAAAUACCUUCUCUUUUGCCAGAGUCAGUUCAGCACCUUCUCCAUCUCCAAAAUUCAGAGUCUUUACGGAAAAUGCUUGAGCACCUUGUCUGCUGUGAAGGACGGCAGCAUCUUAUCUCACCCUGAGCUGCCUGGCACCGAGGAGGCCAUGUUUGGCCUCUUUCUUCAGCAGUGCCACUUUCUGCGGCAGGCAGGGCAUUCCGAGAAGGCUGUCUCUCUGUUCCAGGCCAUGGUUGACUUCACCUUCUUCAAACCCGACAGUGUGAAGGACCUUCCCACCAAAGGACAGGUGGAAUUCUUUGAGCCCUUUUGGGACAGUGGAGAGCCCCGAGCUGGGGAGAAGGGCGCCCGCGGCUGGAGAGCCUGGAUGCACCAGCAGGAGCGGGGCGGCUGGGUGGUCGUCAACCCAGAUGAUGAUGAUGAUGAUGAACCAGAAGAUGACGACCAGGAAAUUAAAGAUAAGACUCUGCCCAGGUGGCAGAUCUGGCUUGCUGCUGAGCGGUCCCGGGACCAGAGGCACUGGCGGCCGUGGCGCCCUGAUAAGACCAAGAAGCAGACGGAGGAAGACUGUGAGGAUCCAGAGAGACAGGUGUUGUUUGAUGAUAUUGGGCAGUCUCUGAUCCGACUUUCCAGCCCGGAUCUUCAGUUUCAGCUGAUCUCGGCCUUUCUGCAGUUCUUGGGUGUGCCUUCUGGCUUUAGCCCUCCAGCCUCUUGCCUCUAUCAGGCCAUGGAUGAAAACAGCAUCUUCGAUAAUGGACUUUAUGAUGAAAGGCCCUUGACUUUCCUCAACCUUUCAUUUUCUGGCAUCAGCUGUGUCGGCCGCACGGACCAGUUAGGUUGCCGGCGCUGGACCAGGGGUCACCAUCGAGAGGGCGAGGAGUUCAUCCGCAACGUCUUCCACCUUGUGAUGCCUUUGUUUUCAGGCACGGAGAGGUCUCAGCUCUGCUUCUCCUGGUUACGGUACGAGAUCGCAAAGGUCAUUUGGUGUCUGCACACUAAAAACAAGAAGAGAUUAAAGUCACAAGGAAAGAACUGCAAAAAACUAGCCAAGAAUCUCCUUAAGGAGCCAGACAACCGCAACAAUUUUUGCCUCUGGAAGCAAUAUGCGCACCUGGAGUGGCUGCUCGGCAACACAGAAGAUGCCAGAAAAGUUUUUGAUACAGCACUCAGCAUAGCAGGGAGCAGAGAACUGAAGGACCACGAGCUCUGUGAGCUGAGUCUCCUCUAUGCUGAGCUGGAGGUGGAGCUGCUGCCUGACAUGAGAGGGGCCGCUACAGCCCGAGCUGUCCACAUACUGACCAGACUGACCGAGAACGGGCCCUACGGGCCUUACACGGGGCAGGUCUUGGCUGUUCACAUUUUGAAAGCUCGGAAGGCUUAUGAGCACGCGCUGCAGGACUGUUUGGGGGAGGGCUCUCUCUCCGAUCCAGCUCCCCCUGAUUCCUCCAACCGCCUGGUUAGCUUGGUUAAAUGCUUUAUGCUUUUCCAGUAUUUGACCACUGGGAUUGAUGCUGCUGUGCGGAUAUAUGAGCAGGUGUUUGCGAAACUCAAGGGCUCUGUGUCCGCCGAGGGCUGUGGCCUGGAGGGCAGCUCGAGCCCUCGGAGCCUGAGCGGUGUCCUCGAGGCUGCCGCCCUGAUGCACACGAGCCUGCUCAGAUUCCACAUGAAAGUCAGCGUCUACCCUCUGGCUCCUCUGCGAGAGGCUCUCUCGGAGGCUCUAAAGUUGUAUCCUGGCAACCAGGUUCUUUGGAGGUCAUAUGUACAGAUUCAGAAUAAGUCCCACAGUGCCAGUAAGACCAGAAGAUUCUUCAACACAAUGACCAGGUCUGCCAAACCCUUGGAGCCAUGGUUGUUUGCAAUUGAAGCUGAGAGAAUGAGGAAAAGCCUGGUGGAAACCGUGCAGAGGGUGGACGGGAGAGAGGUCCAUGCCACCAUUCCCGAGACCGGCCUGACACACCGGAUCAGUGCCCUGUUUGAACAAGCAUUGCGGAGUGACCACGGCAGCCAGUGCCCCUUAUUGUGGAGGAUGUAUUUGAAGUUUUUGGUUUCCUUAGGAAAUAAAGAAAGAAGCAAAGGUGUGUUCUACAAAGCCCUUCAGAAUUGCCCUUGGGCAAAGGUGUUGUACAUGGACGCCGUGGAGCACUUCCCUGAUGAGAUGCAGGAGAUCCUGGACCUGAUGACGGAGAAGGAGCUCCGGGUGCGCCUGCCCCUGGAGGAACUGGAGCUUCUGCUUGAGGACUAGAACCUGGGGAGUGGGGAGCGAGCCGAGGCCUCAGCGCCCGCCUGCCAAGGAAUCAGAAGCUUCCGGAUGAACCAGAAGCAUGUUGAGACCUCCACCUGUGAAGCUUCUUGGUAUUUUGUGUCUGGGCUGUCAGCUUCUUAUCUCUGGCACAUUUUUUGCAUGUGCAAAUGACACAGAGGCUACUGUCUUACAUAUUAUAUAUGUGAAUAUGUGUACAUAUGUACACAGACAAGAGUCGUGCCAAGUGACAACUGAAUGCGUUGUGGUUGCCGUGCAAAGUUCCCUUUGGUCCACUUUUAGCAUCAGCCCACCAGGGUGAGUGUACCUCUCGGCUGGCAUCCUUGGGGGUCCUGCCAAGCCUUCCGGGUCUGGUAGUGGAGGUGAGUGAAUCCUGGUCACUCAGUGCUGGGACCUCCUCCUCCAGGCUGCCCUUUUCUUCAGAUCAGAGCAGGGGGGGGGGCAUUUAAAACUUGUGUGUUCUCACCUGUAUCAGAUGUGUCCAGAGGCCUCAUUCUUCCCUAAGCUUUACUCGGUGACACCCCGACUGUGGACCCAGCAGCCUGCAUCAUUUUCGAAUUGCAGAGUCUCAGGCUCCACCCCAGCCCUGCUGAGUCAGCAUCUGUGCUCUUCAAGGACCCCGUUAGGGGCCCUGGGUGCGCGCUGCAGCGUGGACAGCACUGUGAGCACUGGCCACCAGCGUCGCCAAGUGGAGACUGGAGGCAGCUCCUCCCUCCCUCCGCACUCCGCCCUGCCUGUGAGAUGUGCAGAGCCCGGCCUAGACAGGAAGCCGGGACCGGCCACGUGCUCCUGAUCGCUGUGGGCUGAGUAACACCUGACUGAGAGGAAUUCCUUUAUCUUAGACCCUGUGAGUGGACACUUUCUUUGGCUCCCCCCCCCCUUUAAAUCAUGCUCUCUACAACUGCUGAAAGCUUAUUGCUUUGGCACCUUCCCCAGGCAAGCCGGUGUUGGGGAAUGGCAUUUUGACUGGCAAUGGAUGGACGCUGGUUGCGAAAAAGAAGGGGAGAGCAGCACCCAAGGAAGUUGGCCAGCCCAGGGGAGGUUUUCCUCGAUCAGCCCCACGUAUGGGCUUUGAAACAACCACUCAGGAAGGAAAGAGGAGGCAGAGGAAGGGAAGCCCUGGCUGGACGCUCUUGGGAGGGAUGAGCGUCUGAGCCCAGGAACAAGGGGUAUGAGGGCUGGUAUCUCCUCAGCCCUGCCCUUUUGGUAUCUUGGAGGAACCCUCAGCUGCUUGGCAACACCCAUACCUCUUCCACCCCCCCACCCCACCCCCCGUGUGAGAACCCACAUGCCCCGCAGGCCUUCCAAAGGGAAGGCUGGAUUUCCUUCUGAAGCCCACGGCCAUGUGAACUCAGCCUUCAGUCCUUAAACAACACAACCUGCCAGCGAUCAGGUUAUGACUGUCUUUCCCAUUAGCUGCUGCUGAACAAGUAACUUCCGCCAGCUCUGGGAGUGGGAUGUGCGGGCAGCAGGCAUGGCAGUCUGCAGUCCUUGCGGUCACCAGAAGCAGGAUGCAGCGACUGAGAAAGAGCACAUUUUAUUGGGAAGAGAGCACAUGACCAACGUGAAGGCAGCCUGCCGGGCACAAGGUACACGAGACGUUUGCUAGUAAAGACAACUGGGAAUGGACUCCGGGCUGGCAGCUUCCCCCCCUCCCCCUCUGGGGCCCAGGACGCUCCCACCAUUUCCUGGAAGGCAGCUGUGGUCCACUACAGAUAGAGCCCCUCAGGGGUGCCUUCUUGUUUUUUAUAAAGAACAUUUUCUUUAGAUUUUUUGAAGUCUUCAUUUGUUACUUUCAUCCUACGUUCUCUCAAGGCCAUCAGACCAGCUUCUGUACAGAUUGCCUGCAAGAAAGAAUAGUAUGUUCAGAAAGUGAAAUAUUUUUCUAACAAUUUGGAGAUCUAUUUUUUUUUUUUUUUUUUUUUUAAGGGCCGCAACUGCGGCAUUCCCAAACUAGGGAGCUGUAACUGCCAGUCUACACCACAGCCACAGCAAUGCAGGAUCUGAGUCACGUUUGCGACCUAUACCACGGCUCACGGCAACGCUGGAUCCUUAACCCACUGGGACACAACAGGAACUCCUUGGAGAGCUAUCUUGAAAUAAGGUAUAGAUACCCAGAAUAGACAAAAAUUUCUCAAACUGCUUGGGAAAGAUUAGAUUUUUUAAAAUGUUUUAAGCAUUCUGAUUAUUUUCUCAAAGGACCUGAGGUGGCUUAAACUGGGAGUAAUUCACUAAGGAAGAGAGGACUGGCCACUAUGUAAAUGUACACCGCAGGGCCUCCAAGGUCCAUAAGUUCUCACAGCUCUGCUCUCACUAAAGGGUGUAAUAAUAUUCCUAAGAAAUAGACAAAAUUAUAUCCAGAAACUUACAGAGGCCACAUAGAGUGUAUAUUCAUUUCACUUACCUGCAGUCCUUAAGAGAGCAUGUGUUCUGAUUAAAUAUUUACAAGUUUCAGUAUAGUAUAUACUCUUACUAUUUUCUCAAUGAUUACAUACCAAAAGUAAAACAAGAACCCAAGCAACAUGAAGUGAUUAAAAAUACAAUUCUGGCAGAGUUCCCAUUGUGGCAAAGUGGAUUAAAAAUCUAACUGCAGUGGCUCAGGUCGCUGUGGAGAUGUGGGUUCCAUCCCUGGCCCAGCACAGUCGAUUAAAGGAUCCAGCAUUGCUGUAUCUGUGUCUCAGAUUCAGUCCCCAGCCCAAGAACUUCCAUGUGCAGUGAGCUGCCAUUAAAAACCAAAGCAAAACCCACAGCCCUGGCGGUGAGGUUCCUAUUUGGUUGUGACCUUUAGGAUAUUUAUCUCAAGUUGUUCAGAAAAGACAGCAAAUAGGUAAAAUGGUAACACCUGGUAAACGAAGGUGCUGAGUGUAUGGGUGUUUACUACUGUAACUUUCCUGAAGGCUUGAAAUUUUUCUAAAUAAAAAGUUGAUGCAGAA